AUGCGAAACAGGUGGGCGCAGAGUACCACGCAGGGGAAGCGGCCGUGGCACCUGAAGGCGGAUAUUGCGCUGCCGUGCGCGACGCAGAACGAGCUGGAGCUUGAGGACGCAAAGAACUUGAUCCGGAACGGCGUCAUCGCCGUGGUGGAGGGCGCAAACAUGCCGACGACGAUGGAGGCGACGACGGAGCCCAUCAACGCCGGUGGGGUCGCCGUCUCUGGCUUGGAGAUGACGCAGGACGCCAUGCGCCUGGGCUGGACGGCGGAGGAGGUGGACAAAAAACUCCACGAAAUCAUGAACUCCAUCCACAGCGCGUGCGUGAAGUACGGCACGGAGGGUGGCAAGACGAAUUACGUGAAUGGCGCCAACAUCGCCGGCUUCGUCAAGGUCGCGGAGCGAUGA